GUCUCCGCUGCUGGAGCCAGCGAGCUGAGCGGCGGCGAGUCCAGCAGGCUUUGCCCGGGAUCCGGACUGGACCGGGGUGGCGGGGCGCCCUGACGAGCUGCACCUCUGCGAGCAUCACCUCUGCCAGCUUCCGCCUCGCUGUCUGGGAGCCCGGAGCGGGCGCGCCUCCUCCUGCCCCAUGUCGGAUUUCAAGCUGGGGAUCGUGCGGCUGGGCCGUGUGGCCGGGAAGACGAAGUACACUCUGAUUGACGAGCAGGACAUCCCCCUGGUGGAGAACUAUGCCUUCGAGGCGCGGAUGGAGGUGGACGCCGACGGGAACGGGGCGAAGAUCUUCGCCUACGCCUUCGACAUCAACAAGGGGCGCUGGGCGGGCAGGCCGCUGCACGAGCUGCUCUGGGAGAAGCACCGCGGGGGCAUCGCUCCAUGUUUCCAGGUCGUCCACAUCAACUCCGUGACCGUGGACAACCGGCUGGACAACCUGCGUCUUGUCCCCUUGGGCUGGACCCCCAAACCCGAGGAGCUGUCCAGCAAGCAGAGGGAGCAGUCCCUGUACUGGCUGGCCAUCCAGCAGGUGCCGGCAGACCCUGUGGAGGAGCAGUACCUGGAGCUGAGCCGCACGCGCUACUACAACGCCAACGGCGAGCUGGUGGAGGAGGAGGAGUGCUCCUGCACCUACUAUGAGUGUCACUACCCACCCUGCUCGCUCAUCGAGAGGAGGCUCCGAGAGUUCAAUAUCUGUGGGCGGUGCCAGGUGGCGCGGUACUGCGGCUCACAGUGCCAGCAGAGGGACUGGCCUGCGCACAAGAAACAGUGCCGGGAGAGGAAGAGGGUGCUGGCGCUGGAAUCCGAGCCGGAACGGUGAUCCCCCUCGAACCCUGGGCCGAGGCGGCAGGUGGGGGGGCAGGAGCCUGGGGUUGAGACGGGGGAGUCCCGGAGCGCGUCGAACUGCAGGUCCCCGCCCCGGGGCUGGAGUCGGACUGCUGCCCGUCCCUCCACCUUCUCCGCUUUCUGCUUGGAAACGACCCCAGAGACUUAACGAACGCAGAGCUCGUCGCCAUGGAUACAGACCCCUUCACUGUAACGCCUCCUGCUGGAAAACUGGACAACUUACCCCACCCUUCCUCUUCUCCAGCCCUUCCCCUGUCCUCUCCCUGGGAGAGACAGCGGAUCGGCUGCCCUUGUUCCCGGUGUGCCGGAUUUUUACUGUAAAUACUCUCCCGCUGGCCGUCUCGGGCACGACUGAAGGCCGAACUGAAAACUGUAUCAGGGAGAAGUGGAUGGUUGGGAUUUGUAGCCUCUGUGAGCAACAGAAGAAGAUAAUUGAUUCCAGGACUAUUAUUGUUAUUAUUGUUAUUAUUAUUAUAAUUACUGUUAUUAAUUUUUUCUGUGUGGAGAUCUUGGCUGUUAAGAGUCCCCCACUGUCCCCAUGUCAAGACUGUAACCCCUCCCCUCUCACACACGUUCUGAGACGCACGCACGCGCAAGCUCGUACCCGGGCUCGAUGGGCCUACCGAGUGCCCGAGGGAGUCGCUGUGCUGGUGUUGGCUCCACAGUGCCCCUCCUGCAUCUCCCUCGCUUCUGCGCCACGCUCAGAGGCACUGACUUCUCCAUGCACUGCAGCCCCACGCUCAGGCGAGCAUCUGAUGGGACAGACACACGGGCCCAGAGGGAUUCAGCCCUGUCUGUCACUGUGGAGAGAGCGUCCCCUCCGGGCCUGUGCACAGCCUGUGUGGGCUGGGCUGAGCUGCCCGUGGGGAGAGGCUGGGCAACAUUCAGACCAGUCUGCUAGACCUGGUGGCAGGAGGAGGCCAAGUGCAUCAGCAGGCGGGCAGCUGUCUUUGAUGCCCAUGGCCAUCGUUAUUCUUAGAAUGAUUACUGUUCGUCUGGCUGGGUUCCCUCUCUGUGCACUGUUAUUGGAGUUAUUGUAGCUGCCCGCUUGCUGGAGGUCUUUCCUUAUUCCUGCUUCUCUGUUGGGACUGGAGCUCGGAGAGGGGAGGGCUGUGUGGUGGAGACAGAUGAAGGCGUGGGGAGAAGUUUGUUUUUUAAGAAAAUGAAACUUAAUAAAAUAACAGCCUGAAGGAUGAGGAGUCUGGAUGCCUGUCCGGCUCUUCACACUGUAAAAAAAAAAAAAAAAACCUUAAAAAAAUAAAAUAUUGAAGUGAA